AGAUCACGCACGCACCAUCAUGACGUCAUCUUCGCGGGAAUCUCUGAAAAUAGGUCACUGGCAAAUUUUUAAGAUCGCAACUUUUAGUAAAAGUUCUAGUGAGUGAUCGCAACCUAUUACUGAGCCAUGGCAGAGCGACCUGAAGAUCUUAACCUUCCACUUUCAGUCAUCACAAGAAUUAUGAAAGAUGCAAUUCCAGAUGGUAUCAGUGUGUCAAAGGAAGCAAGGAAUGCGGUGUCAAAAGCUGCUAGUGUGUUUGUUCUUUAUGCUACCUCUUGUGCAAAUACUCAUGCAUUGAAGGGCAAAAGGAAGACGUUGAAUGCAACCGAUGUGUUUGCUGCAUUGGAUGACAUGGAGUUCAGUGAGUUCAUCGAACCUUUGAGGGCAAAUUUAGAGGUUUUUCGAGCUAGUCUGAAGAACAAGAAAGAGGCAUCUGAACAGAGGAAGAAGAACAAAGAAGAUCAGGACACCAGCAAAGACGAUGACGAAGGAGAAGAGGAAGACGAGGAUGAGGACGAGGAUGAUGAAGAUGACAUGGAGGAUGAGGAUGAUGGCGAUGAUGAUGAGGAUGAUGAUGUCGCUGAGGUAGAAGUAGGGGGAGGUGAAGGAGCAGGAGAAGAACUGGUAACAGUCGAAGAUGAAGAGGCUGAAAGUCCCGAGGUGGAGGAGAUCGUUGAUAAAUGAGCCUUGUCACCAAGACCAUCCUUAAACUUAACUUUGACUGUAUUGAGAACGAGGCUUGCAGACAAACUUUGUUCCAGUUAUGCUGUUAACCCAGACUCAAACCCACUUGCUAAACAUGUGACCCUGCGAAGAGGAAGUACAUGAAUAUCACCAUGCAUAAGUCAACCUCUUGUGUGUUAAAGCUGUUUGUGAGUCAGAUAUUCACAAGUCCCCCUGUUUAACCCUUUGAACCCGAUAGGCCGGAAUACCGGCCCACCAGUAACGCACAUAUACCCGAUAGGCCGGAAUACCGGCCUACAGCCAUGUGACUUCAAAAACAUGGAUUCUAAAUGUCAGGUGAUCUUUUCAAAAUGAUGUCAUCUUUUUAGUACGUGUAGGAAUAUUUAGUCGAUAAUUUCAGUCAAGGUUGGCAAUGAUUUAGGAAGGAUUUAGCAUAAAAAUGGCCCAAAUAUGCCACUUUUUGUGGUUGCUCAUGUCGUGUGUGCGGUAACACGCGGUGUAAUACGUGGUGAGUCACAUGCUUACUAUGGGGAAGCAAUUGGUAUAUCUGACUUUGGUGAAAACAGUGAUUUUGAGCCCAAAACAGACACUAAAGUUGAUAUUUCUGUUUGUAGACUAGGUCUACGAGAAGGUAAACAACGUCAGCCGGCUCGGUCCGGGUACUAGCGGGGGGAAGAUGCCGUUGGAUCUCGAAUCAUGGGAGUUUGUGAAUGUGGUCGAUAUUUGCAAAUAAUUCAGGGUAUAGGUCACCACCGCCCCUAAUAAUUCAGGGUUCAAAGGGUUAAAGGGGGAAAUCCACUCGAUUACCAUGUAAGUUUGAAUGAAGACAGAAAAAUGAGCAACACAUGUUAGAGGGAUUGUUUUCCCUGACAUCAACUUGUUUGGAAUAAAGCCAGAAAAAUUAAAUCGAUAUAUCAAUGAAAGUGUGACAAAAACUGUGAUGAAUAUUAUGAAAUUUUACAUUCAUAAUAUUAUGGUGACAUAACUUGUUCGCCACUUUUCUUUCCUGUAUAUUGUGUCCUAUGAACUCCAAGUUUUUAAACAGCAACUUUCUUCUACAAAUGAAUUUUGCCUUGUAAUAGAAUAUGAAACAGACAUUGUUUCAUACAUGCUUCUUGGGAAAAAAAUAAAGAAUCUUCAGGUGAAAAAUGGGUGAAUUAUGGACUUUAUGAAUCACAGUAUACAGGAAACUGCUCACGAGUGACAUCAUAGAAUAAAAGUGUCAACAUAUCAUAUCUCUGAUUUUGUUGAUGGAUCCUUGUUGCACUUGCAGCAAGAUUUUUUCACUGGGAUUUCAUUUCAAUUAGACCCGCCUUUGUCAAGGUAACUGUCACACGUAAAAUUAUUUCAUUAUGAUAUUUAUUAAAGUGUCAUAAUUUCAUAUCUCUGAUAAGUAUUUGUUGGUGGAUCUUUGUUCAAAUUUCAGCAAGAUUUUUCAGUUGGAUUUCAAUCAGAACCACCUUUAUCAAGGUAAAACAAACCUAAAAUUAUCUCUUCUUUUUAUGCCGCCUCCAUCCACUGGAGAUGGUAGCCAAAGAAAUUUUGUUUUCUGGGCCCUGUAACACAUAACUAAGUUAUUGAUUGUGGAGUUGAUCUUUACGAUUGAUCAUACACAAUAAUCAAUGCAAUCAAUCAUAGAAACCAGCCCCAUGAUCAAUCGCUAAGCUUUAUAUUACGGGCCCCUGAUGUAAGUUUCUCCAUUAAGACAGGGUCACGUAUCUUCAACACUGGACCCAAUAACAUAAAGCUUUGCAAUUGAUCAUAAGGCUGAUAUCUAUGAUUGAUCAUACAUAAUAAUCAAUGUAAUCGAUUGCAGAAAUCAGCCCUUUGAUCAAUUGCUAAGCUUCGUGUUACUUGACCCUGGUGCUCUUCCCCAUUUUUAAAGUAACCAAACCAUUAGGGGGAUCAUCUUAACCCUAAAUCUCCAGGGGUAUUUUGAUUCUUGUCAUUCCGGGGGGGGGGGGGGGGGGGGGGGGCAUUAUGGCCCCCCCUUAAGAUCUCAGCCGCAGAUUGCGCGAUCACAACAAAAAUUUGCAUGAUGGUAGAGAAUGACGUAAUCUACGCAGUUGCAUUGGUAAAUUUCACAGAAUUCAUAAAUUUUUAUUUUAUAUGAAUUAAUUAUGCAAAUUUAUUCAUGAAAUCAUUACUUUUUGCUCUGAUUCACUAAAUAAAGCUCCUAGAAUGCUAAUUUUCUGUGAAAAUAUUCUUUAUAGCAUUCCUAACAAUUGUGAAUGAAAAAAAUUCUGGUACCAAGACCGAUUUCUUAUGUAUUUUAUUGUUUUUUUUAUUUCUUAUGUAUUUCUUUGUUUUUUUACUUUUGUUUUUUAUUGCUUUUUUGAUGGAAAUCGUUCCAGACUUAAUUCUGAUCAUAAACAAGGCAAAAUUAAUUAAGUUUAAUUAGUAAAAGUAGAAAUAAUGAUACAAAUCACGUUUUUGAGCAAUUUUGGGUCUGACAUGCACUUACAUAAUGUUGCGUAAUGUUGUAACCGCGUACCCGGGCGUCACAAAUUUGGUCUCAAAAUUUGCGCGAGACUUGAAAGUAAAAAGUCAGUGAGUGGCGAGGUCAAAAAAUUUUGCGCAGCAGAUAUAUCGCAAAAAUUGUCGAGGGGGGGCAUUAUGGCCCCCCCCCCCCCCCGGGAGAAUUAGGGUUAAAUCUUGGUUUACCUGUGCAAUGGAGGGACAUUGACCUGAUUAGGGCCCUGUCUUACAAAAAGUUACGUUGAUCCGAUCAACCUCAACUGAAUGGAAAUCCAUCAAUGUCAUACGUCUUUCAUCAGAAAAUUUUGCACAAUGUCCUUUGUACACAAAGAGAAGUACGCUAAAUUUUCAAGUAUAUGAUGAAGGUGUGAAAAUGCAGCUCAUCUAGAAAAUAUUUUGAACAAACACACAUUUUAGAUGUUGAUAUUGCUUGCUUUCCAUAGAUAUGGUUGAUCGGGUCAAUUGUAACUUUUUGUAAGAUAGGGUCUAGGUUUGGGGUCAUGAGGUCAAUGGUCAAAGACAAUAAAUAUCACAUGGGGUCAAGGAUUGAAUGCAUUUUCUGAUGAUUCUCGUAUUGAAUCCCAUUGAUCUUUUUUUUAAUACAAUGCACUCACCAAGUGUUUUCUUUUCCCACAAUUUGUUUUCUCCAUCACAAUUCUAAUUUGAUCUGAAUGACAAAGAUUCUUUUUUUUUCCUUCAAAAUAUUGAAGAGUGUCCUCCCUGAUGUAAGAAAAAGAAUAGAUCACUGAGGUUUUGACAAAAUAAUCAGACAUUUUUUUGUAAAACUUUAGAGCUUGGAUUCACCAACUGCUUCAAUUUUAUCCUUUUUGAAUGUCAGUACUGAUAUUUGUCAGGUUAUAUAACUAAUCCUGUGUUUAAUUUUUUAUUUACUUCAUAUGUAAAUUUGGUCUUUUUGAGAAUAAUAACGAUUUUCCAUUCAUAUUCCAAUGCAAUUUUGGUAGAUGCCAUAGCAACUAAUUGCAGAAUUGUCUUGAAUAUUUUCUUUUAAUUCAUAAGUUUAAUGAAUUAAGUUUAAUUCAUAUUAGGUUCAUAUUCUAAGAUUUUACUCGAACCGAUGAUCAGGGGCCCACUUCAUAUUUCAGAUUUCUUUCUAAACAAUGGUCACUUUGAGUUAUAGUUUAACAACCAUGGAUAUCUUGAUUUAAUCAGCUGAUGUGCCCUAUGACCAUGCUAGUUACCUUUUCAUUAUGUCCAACUAUGGCAACGGUAAUCACUAUGUUCGGUUUAAAAUGGGGGGGGGGGGGUAGGCUUGAAUUUUCCUUUUACUAUGACUCCCAAUAUCUAAUAUAGGAAAACAUCAAUUUCCUUCUCCACAAAUUAUUCAUAUGACUCCCAUUAUCUAUGAAGAAAAAACAGCAUCAAUUUCCUAUUGUAAAAAUUAUUCUUGUGCAUCAUUUAUAUCAUUGUACAUAAUUUGUUGUAAGUUGAAUUUUGUAAGAUAACGAAAAUGGUGGAAUUAUUGCAUAAAAUCGAUACCAUUCAAGUGA